AUGGCCAUCGUCGCUUGGGAGUUCUACAGUGGCAUAGGAGGCCUCCACCUAGCACUCCAAAGAAGCACGAUCGACGGUAACGUCGUUCGCGCCUUCGAUUGGGACCAGACGGCCUGUAAAGUCUACAGCGCAAACCACGGGCCAAAUGUUGUGCAAAAGACCAUUCUUCCUGAGUUGGUCAAACUGGGUACUGGUGUCCAUCCCACACGACUCCUGAUAGAGAAUGUCGCCGGAUUUGAGUUUGGGAUACCUAAUUCGCGACUGCGAUACUAUCUCCUCGCCAAGAUGGCACCUCUUGGCUUUCCUACCCCGACGACAAGCCCAAGCGAUGGGUGGAUCUGGAGGCAUAUUCCUGGCUGCGAUGACUCCGAUUGGGUAGAUCCUAGAGACUCUGCGUCGCCGCCUAGCCCCAUUUCCUCAGCUGGAAGCCAGUCAUCAGUCGCCAAGCUGAGGCAAUUCCUUGACCAGGAUGGUGCCCCAAUACACGUAAUUCCAGACCGCGUACUCUCUAAAUGGGGCCGACUUUUCGACAUCGUCCUACCCUCAAGCUACACUCAGCUAGUUGAACGCGCAGGCUCUAUCCUACAAACGAACGAGCACUUGGACACUACAUGCAUCUUCGAUGAAUUCCUCGAAGCUCAAGCUAACAAUAACCCCAGCGCUAUGGACAUCCUUCGCCCCCUUGGAUUGCGCUAUUUCUCACCGACAGAGCUCCUCCGCCUGUUCUACUUCUUGCGACCUGCCUCUCAAGAUGAUUUUAUAUGGCCAGAAGGUUUGUCUGCGAAGACCAAGUAUCGACUUAUUGGCAAUAGUGUCAAUGUUUUUGUCGUUACCGAGCUGAUAAACUUCUUGUACGCUGAAUGGGCAUGA